UUCCAGUCAACGGGUUUCCUAAAUCAGCCGCCCGUUGUCCUACGCGCUGCAGUGACUGGACUUGAGGCUCAUUAUGAGGCUGAGGGUCAUCAACUAGAGCAUGCAAUUGAUAUUGUUCUCGACAAAAAGCCAAGACUGAAAAGAAAGUAUAAACGGCCAGACUCUACCAGUGAUCAGCUAUACCAAAGCAAAAGGAUUCAUCUCGACGGUGCGUCAAGCUGUGCCGUAGGUUGUGGUGAUGACCCAAGCGACCUAAUACUAAGGUCUGAACGUACUGAAGAUGAGGAUAACCCGAUGAUCCAUUAUGGUCUGAUUGCGUCAGCAAACCGGUUAAUGAAAGACGCUUUAAUCCGAGAUAAGCUUUCAGCCGAAAAGGAGGUUUUAUGUUUUGAGAUGGAAGCUGGUGGAUUGAUGAAUCACUUUCCUUGUUUAGUAAUUCGUGGAAUCUGUGACUACUCAGAUUCUCAUAAGAAUAAAGACUGGCAAGGGUAUGCAGCGAUGGCAGCAGCGGCAUAUACGAAAGAUCUGCUAUAUCGAAUUGUCCCCCAGCAGGUCGAGGCUGAGAAGACGAUUAGAGAUCUUCUUUCUACCGUGAAUGAAAUCCAAAAGACAACUAAAGAUAUAAAUGUUGCUGUGAAAAGGAUGAACCAACGCGGAGACGACCAAGACUGCCGAGCUGUCCUUGACUGGCUCAUCCCCACUACCUAUUCCUCUCAGCAGCAUGACCUGCUUGGAAGACGACAAGAAGGGACUGGAAAAUGGCUUGUGGAAUCCAAAGAAUUUAAAAACUGGGUAGACCAAAAGAAGCAGACAUUAUUCUGUCCCGGUAUUCCAGGAGCAGGAAAAACCAUUGCUACAUGUAUUGUGGUGGACUACCUCUUAAAGAAGUUCCAAAACGACUCCAAUAUUGGUAUUGCAUACCUCUACUGUGAUUUCCGGCGGCAGGAUGAGCAAGACCCCACACACCUAGUGAUGAGUCUACUUCGACAAUUCGCAGGGCUUACCGUUCCAGAAACUGUGAGAAGUCUUUACAAUUACCAUACAGGCAAAGAGACUCGUCCCUCCUUUGAUGAGGCUCUGAAUGUGUUGAAUUCAGUGGUUUCUGGCUAUUCCAGGGCUUACAUCAUGAUUGAUGCGUUGGAUGAAUGUAAACUUUCUGAUGGGGUUCGCUUCAAGUUUAUAUCGGUGAUAUCUAAGGUGCAAGCCAACGCAAGUGCGAACAUUUUUGUCACAUCCCGACCCAUCCCUGAUAUACAAAAAGAAUUUCAACAAUUGGGGGCCGUUUCGCUAGAGAUCCGUGCUAGUGACGAAGACGUAGGAAGAUUUUUAGAUGGCCAUAUAUCACAGUUGCCAUCAUUUGUUCAAGAAAGCCCUGAACUCACAAACCAAGUGAAGGCUUCAAUUAUUCAAGCGGCAGAGGGAAUGUUUCUUCUUGCAAUACUAAAUCUAGGCUCUCUAGAAGACAAACUAAAUUAUACUCAGAUGGAAAAUGCCCUUCAAAUGCUUCCUAAAGGUUUAGGUGCAUACAAUGAAGCAUAUAAAGAAGCCAUGGAGAGGAUCCAAAGCCAGAAGAAAGGGUUUAAGGAUCUUGCUAUACAGGCUCUUUCAUGGAUCACCUGCGCAAAACGGCCUUUGACCACAUUAGAACUGCAACAUGCUUUAGCUGUUAUAGAGAAUACCGCAGCAUUGAAUGAGCGGAAUAUCACAGAGGUCGGAUUGAUUGCUUCGGUGUGCGCUGGACUAGUCACAAUUAACGAAGAGAGUAAUAUUAUCCGCUUGGUCCACUAUACAACACAAGAAUACUUCGAGCGCACUUGGAAGGACUGGUUUCCUGACGCUGAAACUUAUAUUACCAAAGUAUGUAUAAGUUAUCUAUCAUUUGAUACCUGUAGGCUUGCUUUAGGCGAACGGCAAUAUCCUCCACUUGUUUUCUAUGACUAUGCAGCAAAGAAUUGGGGACAUCAUGCCAGGGUGUCUUUGAUUGACGGCGAGAAACCGAUAUUGGAUUUUCUUGAGGAUCCAACCAAAGUAUCUACCAGUGCCGAUGCUAUCGUAUUAAAGGAAAAGCGACAAGUACGGAGAGUUGUGCAAACCGCAAUAUCUGUGACAGGAUUGCACCUUGCAGCCUACUUUGGACUUUGGAAGUCUACAGCAACCCUGCUAGAAAGACAAAAUAGCGCAAAUUCAACGCAUUGGGAAGGCCGAAUCCCACUUUCAUUGGCUGCUGAGAACGGCCAUGAAAAAGUGGUAAAGCUGUUGCUUGACAAAGGUGCUGAUAUUGAGUCUAAAGAUAAUUAUUAUGGCUUGAGCCUACUCUCAUGGGCUGCUAAGAACGGCCAUAAAAAAGUGGUAAAGCUGUUGCUUGACAAAGGUGCUGAUAUUGAGUCUAAAGAUAAUUAUUAUGGCCUGUGCCCACUCUCAUGGGCUGCUAAGAACGGCCAUGAAAUAGUGGUAAAGCUGUUGCUUGAUAAAGGUCCAGAUAUUGAGUCUAAGGGUAGCUCUGGCCAGAGCCCACUCUCAUGGGCUGCUAAGAACGGCCAUGAAAUAGUGAGUGGCUGUGAAACAGUGGUAAAGCUGUUGCUUGAUAAAGGUGCUGAUAUUGAGGCUAUGGAUAAUGGAUAUUGCCGGACCCCGCUCAUAUGGGCUGCUGAGAACGGCCAUCAAACAGUGGUAAAACUAUUACUAGAUAAAGAUGCUCAUACCGAGAUUAAAGAUGAGAGAUUUGGUAGGCAGUCCCUCUCAUACGCUGCCGGGAAUGGCCAUGAGGCAACAGUGAAGCUAUUACUUGAUAAAGGUGCCGAUAUCGAAUCUAAAGAUACUACUUAUGGUCAGACACCACUUUCAUGGGCUGCUGGGAAUGGCCACGAUGCAGUAGUGAAAUUGCUUCUUGAGAAUGGUGCC